ACAACUGUGCCUUGGAUGGUCAGGCCCUAGAAUAUUGUGGCGUAUGAGGACCUGUCUGUGGACUAUACUGAGAAGAAGUGGAAAGGUCUGGCCUUUUACCGGAACAUGAUACUGGAAAAUAACCACAGUGCGGCCUCAUUGGGUAGAAACAUGAUGGAGAGUUCAGAGUUGACGCCAAAGCAGGAAAUUUCUAACGGAUCAGAGUCAUCUGAUAGGAUACCAGGGGGACUCUUUGGGCUGGUUCCUGGGGGAACAGUGGCUGGAGAUGUCCAUGAAGAUACUUUCGAGAAGCUAGAAGUGCCACCCUCAGAUGAAGAAGGGAGCAGACUAGAAAGUGCUUUCUUGGGAAUAACAGGUAAGGAUAAGAAAAAAUCCACAAAAGACAGGUGUGAGGAACAUAAGAAGAUCAGGGAACAUCAAAAUCUGUCUUCUAGUCCUGCUGAACAUGAAGGAACUCUAAAGGGACAGAAAUCCUAUCAGUGUGAUGAAUGUGGCAAAGCUUUCAGUUGGAGUUCACACCUCAUUGGCCAUCAGAGAAUCCACACUGGAGAGAAACCCUAUGUGUGUAAUGAAUGUGGUAAGACUUUCAAGCAAACCUCUCAGCUCAUUGUUCAUCUCAGAACACACACAGGGGAAAAGCCCUAUGAAUGCAGUGAGUGUGGAAAGACCUAUCGGCACAGCUCCCAUCUCAUUCAACACCAGAGACUUCACAAUGGAGAGAAACCUUAUAAAUGUAAUGAAUGUGGAAAAGCUUUUAAUCAGAGCUCCAAACUCUUUGACCACCAGAGAACUCAUACUGGGGAGAAACCUAAUGAAUGCAAGGAGUGUGGGGCAACCUUUAGUCGGAAUAAAAAUCUUGUGCGACAUCAGGUCCUUCACAGUGGUAAGAAACCUUACAAGUGUAAUGAGUGUGGGAGAGCUUUCUGUUCCAAUAGAAAUCUCCUAGACCAUCAGAGAAUCCACACUGGGGAGAAGCCUUAUGAGUGUAAUGAAUGUGGCAAGGCCUUCAGUCGGAGCAAAUGUCUUAUUCGACAUCAGAGCCUCCACACUGGGGAAAAGCCAUACAAAUGUGGCGAAUGUGGGAAAGCCUUCAGUCAGAAUUCUCAACUGGUUGAUCAUGAGCGAAUUCAUACUGGAGAAAAACCUUUUGAAUGUAGUGAGUGUGGUAAGGCAUUCAGUUUGAGUAAAUGUCUUAUUCGGCACCAGAGACUUCACACAGGUGAAAAGCCCUAUAAGUGCAACGAGUGUGGUAAAUCCUUCAAUCAAAACUCCUACCUCAUUAUACACCAGAGAAUUCACACUGGUGAGAAACCCUAUGAAUGUAAUGAGUGUGGAAAUGUCUUCAGUUAUAAUUCCAGCCUUAUGGUACAUCAGAGAACACAUACUGGGGAAAAACCCUAUAAAUGCAACGAUUGCGGAAAAGCCUUUAGUGACAGCUCACAGCUUAUUGUGCACCAGAGAGUUCACACUGGAGAGAAACCUUAUGAAUGUAGCGAGUGUGGGAAAGCCUUUAGUCAGCGCUCCACUUUUAAUCACCACCAGCGAACUCACACUGGAGAGAAGCCCUCAGGUCUGGCUCGGUCAGUUUCUUAA